CCAGUUUGUGGUGUCAGUUAGUCAGUUAGUGUUGCACGAAGUGGAGCUCGUACAGCGAGAUUUCUCCUCGCCUUAGGCGAAAUCAAAAACAAGUUAAAAACAGUUCAGAGCGCGGUCGUGUGGUGCACGUGUGGUGAAUUUACCUUCCCAGAAGUGUCCCGCCCGAAGUGUGGUGCGUUUAGACAGUAACCAAGCGGUGCGUUUAGAGCGGGAGUGGAGCCUUCCCCGCGAGGGCCCGAAACGUUGCUCACCCAUACCCACUCAACCCAGUCACGUCCGUGCGCAAUCAACUCCUGCUGCAGUCCGCAGUUCGCCAGCCAGCAUGAUCAGGUUACUGGCAAUAGCUGCGGCUAUUGCGAUCGGCGGUAUCGAUGGUCAGUUUCUGGCCUUCGAUCAGCACGCAACCGAGUGCGCGCUGUACGUGAACGGUCCCGGCAAGUCGUCCGCCUUCGACUACAACCUCAACCUGUUCCGCGGAACGAUUGCACCGCUGCACGCUGAAGCGACCACCUGUAUCACGUACGAUGCCAUCAACCAGGCGUACCUGGAUGCCCGGAAGCGGAUCCGCGUAUCGCAGCCGAAGGGUGACUGGAAGACGGAGGACAUCGCAACGGUCGGCGAGCUGCUGCUGGACAUCUCGAUCCAGCUAGCAAGAACUUACGGCCUGUCGUACGAGGAGAUCGAAAAGGGUCUUCCCUCGAUCGACACCUCGAAGACGCUGAUCCGUGAGGUGUGUCCCGCGUUCCUGUCCGGCGUCGAGUGCCGCCCGGGCAAGUACCGCCGGGUGGACGGGCUGUGCAACAACCUGAAGCAUCCGACCUGGGGCGCAGCGAUGACACCGUUCCAGCGCCUGAUCGGACCACUGUACGCGGACGGCAUCAAUGCGCCGCGGAUCUCGAUCACCGGGCACGAUCUGCCGCUGUCGCGCGUCGUCUCGCGCACGAUCCAUCCGGACGAGGGCUACCAUGACCAUGCCGGCACGGUGUUUGUGAUCGCGUGGGGCCAGUUCAUGGAUCACGACUUUACGCUGACCGCGACCCCGCUCGACCCGAUCAACCGCAACGAUCCGGAGGAGUGCUGCAAGCGCCCACCCCACCUGAAGCACCCGUACUGCAAUGAGAUCCGCGUGCCGGACGACGACUACUUCUAUCGGCUGUUUAACGUCAAGUGUAUCGACUUUGUGCGUGGCUUCCCGUCGCCACGUGCCGGCUGUCGGCUCGGUUCCCGCCAACAGUUCAACACGCUCACGUCCGUCAUUGACGGCAACACGAUCUACGGUGUGAAUGAGAAGUUUACGCGCAAGCUACGAACCGGCUACAACGGACUGUUGCGCAUGAACCCGGUGUUUGCGGAGUACGGGCUGAAGGAUCUGCUGCCACUGAAGCUGGACAUUCCGGAUGAGGGGUGCACGCGCCCGAACAAGAGCAUGUUCUGCUUCGAGGCGGGCGAGAUCCGCGUGAACGAGCAGCUCGUGCUGACCUGCAUGCACACGCUGUUGGCCCGCGAGCACAACCGCAUCGCGACCGAGCUCGGCAAGAUCAACCCGCACUGGGACGACGAGACGCUGUUCCAGGAGUCGCGGCGCAUCAACAUCGCCAUCAUCCAGCACAUCACGUACAACGAGUUCCUGCCGAUCCUGCUCGGCAAGGAGGUGAUGGAGAAGUUCGGACUGCUCACGCCGAAGGAGGGCUACUGGGAUGGGUACGAUGAGAACAUCAACCCGGCCAUUAUUGAUUCGUUCGCGUCCGCUGCGUUCCGGUUCGGCCAUUCGCUGCUGCCGACGGCUGUCGAGCGCUGGUCCAAGGCUCACAAGUUUAUCGCCUCCAAGCGUUUGUCGGAUCUGAUUCGCCGACCGUACGAUCUGUACCGGGCGGGCGUGUACGACGAGUAUCUGAUGGGGCUGAUGAACCAGGUGGCCCAGGCGAUGGACGACUCGAUCACGCAGGAGGUGACGAACCAUCUGUUCAAGAAGGAGGGCGCCCGGUUUGGCAUGGAUCUGGUGUCGUUCAACAUGCAGCGCGGCCGCGAGUUCGGCGUGCCCGGAUACAUGGAGUUCCGCAAGUUCUGCGGCCUGCCGACGUCCGACAGCUUCGAGGAGCUGUUCGGCUCGAUGCCGAACGAGACUGUGCGUCGCUACGAGAGCAUCUUCGAACACCCGGCUGAUGUGGAUCUGUGGUCGGGCGGUGUCUCCGAGCGCUCGCUGCCAGGAUCGAUGCUGGGGCCGACCUUCGCCUGCAUCAUCGCGACCCAGUUCAGCUACGUGCGCCGCGGCGACCGGUUCUGGUACGAGCUGCCCAACCAGCCGUCCUCCUUCACGCCGGAGCAGCUGCAGGAGAUCCGGAAGGCGAAGCUGGCCCGACUGAUCUGCGACAACACUGACCUGAUCGAUACCGUGCAAAUCUACCCGAUGGUGUUGCCGGAUCACGAAAUCAACCCCCGAGUGCCAUGCAAGAGCGGUAUCCUUCCAUCAAUCGAUCUGACAAAGUGGGCCGACUACGGUCACGAAACUCACUCGCCGCAUCAGUAUCAAUUCCUGAACGAGCUGCCGGAGACGAUCGGAUUCAAGUAGAGUGUGGCACCCAUCACCCAACUGCCACCCGCAAGAAACCGUUGUACGCUGAGAUUCUAGAUGUAUUGUUAAUCCUCCCGUCUUCCGGAACUGUUCCUUCCCUUCGAGCCUGGGAGCGUUGAUGGCGUAGAAGUACGCGAUGACCCGGAGAUAACCGAAGUGUCACCCGUUCGUGCUGAGGACUCGUAUCCCCUUUAAAUGGUAGCCAUCGUAUCCCAGGCUCACCUCUCACCUUCAACCUUUCCAUCUCUACUUCAUCCCGCUGUCUCAUUGUAUUAUACACAUUUCAAGUUUGUUUCGAAUCGCCCCCACCCUCCCUCUCACACACCUUCUUCUCCUCGUACAUUGUUACACUUUUGCGAGCAGUCUUACGAAUGCUCCAGGAACGCAUUUAGCCGAGGCGCCGCCUCGACACAGCUAGACAAUAGUGGCCAUUAGCACAGUGGUUGCCGCUCCACACUCCCUGAGAGCUCCCGGAGCUCCUUACAGGUGCGCUGCGCGUCGAAUAUCCGGCGGACUAACCCUCUCCGGCGCUCGCUGUCUUUCACCCAUUCCUACCGCUCAUACUCACACCACAACGUAGUAGUAGUAGCAGUAGUCGUAGUAGCAAUACCAUAUCUUCUUCGGAGCAGUCAUCCACAUCAAGAUACAGUAGUAAGAGUAGUCCCACACACGGGAAGAGUGCACGUACAAAAUACAUCGCCACGGGAUAGGGAGUGACGGAGUGAUGUACCUCCCGGACAUUAGAAGCGCAGCCUAAUGCAACGCGAGAGUCCGAUUCGGAGUUUUUUGGGGACGGGGAGGGAGCAAAUGAAAAACAACCACGCAACCACAACAGCAUCUACCGCUGCUCCCUCUCUGCUAUGCCACGGACGUUCAUUUCACCUUAAGAGAAUUUAUAUAUAUAUAAAUACGUUUAUUCAGUUUCCCCAAUGUUUUUUUUUAUUAUUUUAUUGUUUAGAACGGCCCUUGUUUUUGUGUAAUAUUUAUGUAAAUAAUAAAUUGUUCGAUCAAA